AUAUGAUAAAAAUUAAAAUAAUAUUUUUUCUUUCUAAAUAAUUUUUCUUUCUAAAAGGAAGAGAAGGGAAAGGGGUGGUGUAUUUUGGUUUUGGAUUUUGUCGCUCUGCGCCGCGUCCUCUCUCGUAAAGCUUCGUCUUCCUUCGAUCCCAUUCCUCUGUGAAAGAAAGAAACAAUGGAAGCGAUAAGGAAUCUGAAGAUAAAAACAUCAACUUGCAAAAGGAUUGUGAAAGAGCUUCACUCCUACGAGAAAGAGGUCGAGAGAGAAGCUGCCAAGACUGCUGCUAUGAAGGACAAUGGUGCUGACCCUUACGACCUCAAACAGCAGGAGAAUGUGUUGGGUGAGUCAAGGAUGAUGGUUCCUGAUUGCCACAAACGUCUCGAGGCUGCCUUAGCUGACCUCAAGUCCACUUUGGCGGAAUUGGAAGAGGCGACAGGUCCAGAAGUUGAAGAUGCAAAGAAGACAGUGGCAGAUGUGGAGAAGCAGUUUCCCACUGAAGAUGCCUGAUUUUACUAUCCCAUCCAGUGACUGUUGUUUGGUGUGUAUUAUUCUGAGAUUUGGUUCAACUCUUGACUUUAUUAACAAUUAUCAGUUGUGAGAAUCUCCGGGUUUUCUUUCAAUGCUACAACUAUUUUCGUUUUGCU